AUGCCACCACAUUCGUUCUGGCUCGGCCACCUGGCAAUCAUGGGAAAGACAAUCAUGAAGUACCCCCCCGAUCUACUCUCAAUGAUCAUCCCCAAGCUUCUCGCCGAUGACUACCCUGAAGUUGUCUCGCAGGGACUUAUUUAUAUGGAUUCCUGGCCCUUUGGGUACCCAAUCGUGGCCGUCUUCAACCCAGACAUGAUCGCCCAGUUCACUCAGGAUGUUUCCCUGCCAAAACACCCGACGAUGGCCAUGGAGUUUACGCCUCUUACCGGGUGCAAAGACAUUCUGAAUCUCGAGGGGAAGGAGUGGAGGAUGUGGAGGUCCAUUUUCAACCCAGGUUUCUCCGUAAAGAACCUGAUGGCCCUCAUCCCUUCCUUUCUGGAGGAGAUUGAUGUGUUUAGAGACUGGCUCCUAGAGGUGGCCGACUCGGAUCAGGUCGUGCCUCUGGACGACCGGGCCAGCGCCCUCGCCACUGAUGUUAUAGGCCGAGCAACACUAGGUAUACGACUAGACUGCCAAGUGCGCAAGAAUGUCCUCUUUGAAACCCUGAAAAACCAGAUCAAGCAACUCAUCGUCGACGGAAGCCCAGCAAGCAUCUUGAAACAGAUCAACCCCUUCAGGCCCUUUCGCAUACGCAAGAACAACCGUGUGAUGCAAGAAUUCCUCGGACCACUCAUCCAGGAGGCUGUGAUCAAGCACAACAACAAUCAGGACAGUGGCUCAUCCGCCGAGAAGGAGGAACCUAAGACGAUCAUGUCGCUCGCUGUCAAGGCCUAUGCCAACGAGGCACAACAGACCCCAGCCAAGGGCACGACCCCCCAGGUAGACGCAACCUUUGUGGACUUCGCCAUUGCCCAGUUCAAGAUCUUCAUCCUGGCCGGCCACGAUACAACAUCCUCCGCCCUGUCAUUCGCAUACCACCUCCUCGGCAAACACCCAGCAGCCCUCAGGGCCAUCCGCACCGAGCACGACAGCGUUCUCGGCCGGGACCCAAGCCAGGCCAGAGCCGCCCUCGCCGCCAACCCACAACUCCUCAACCAGCUCCCUUACACCUCCGCCGUAAUCAAGGAGUCCCUUCGCCUCUUCCCACCCGUCGCCACGGUACGCAUGGGGUCCGAUGAUUUCUUCCUCGUCCACCCAGAGACAGGCCAACGAUUCCCGACCACGGAGAUGAUGCUUCUCAGCUGCCACAUAGCCGCACACCGCGAUCCAGACUUCUGGCCCCGCCCGGAUGAGUUUGUGCCUGAACGCUGGCUGGCACGCGAGGGCGAUGCUUUGCAUGUGCGUAAGAAUGCCUUUCGCCCCUUCGAGCUGGGGCCGCGCGGCUGCAUCGGUCAGGAGCUCGCGCAGCUCGAGCUGCGGGCCAUCCUGGCCAUGACAAUCCGGGAGUUUGAGAUUCGGAGUGUCUAUGCUGAGAACGACCCGGAGUGGAUGGGAGAUAAGUGUUAUCCGUGCUGCGUUCCGGGGGAGUUCUCGACGGGGCAUCCGAGGAAGUCUUUGCCUGUGAGGGUGACGAGACGGGUUUGCUCGCCUCAAGAGGCGGAAGUUUGA